UCAGCCCAGUGAAGGUAGUUGAGAAGGAAAGGCAGAGUCCCUGUUGCCUGCACAGACCCCAUUCUCCGCUGUCUUCUCUGUGUCAGACUUGGUAAAAUGUCUUUCUUGUUGAUAUGGAUCAAAGCUAUUUUUAUCACUGUCUUGGCAUUUCCUCAUUAUUCUGAAGCCGGUUUUGAACCUCCAGAACCUAAUUCAUUCCAACCGAAUUGUAUUAAGUAUAUAUCUCAAGUAAAUGAUUGCAAAGGUGAAAUGGAUCCAAUCUGUGGAACCAAUGGCCGUACUUAUCCCAAUAUAUGCGUUUUCUGCAGUGAACUAUUUGCAGCUAGUGGAGCGUUUACUUUUAGUCAUUACGGUAAAUGCGCUGCCUGAGCUACGCAUUCCAAUGCCUUUUAUUAUGAACCAAUUUUGUGGUAGAUUCUACAAUCAAUUAAAUUUCCUCAGUCAGCAUUUGAAUUUCCUAGAUAAUCAGACAAAGACUCCUAUGGUAUACAAGAUGGGAUACAGGAUGUCGAAAAAUUUUUCUACUGGCCUAUGAUUGAAAAGUUUUUCUUCUCUAUGUUCAAUUAUUCAGUGUCACUUGAAAAGCUACCUUAAUUUUGUGUUUCUUAACAUAAAACUUAAUGUAAUUUAAAAUAAUAAAUGUUUCAAUCAAUACAA